CAGUCUUGAUGCCGGUGCAACAUGUAUAGCUGUCAGAGUGGAUCUUGGCAUAUUAGAAUUCAGAUUGUUGACAAUGGCGAUGGAGUACAUCAUGGAGAUCUCAAGUAUUUGGGAACUAGGCAUGCAACCAGCAAGUGUCAUAGUCUGGUUGAUCUUAAUAGUAGUCUAUCAUAUUAUGGGUUCCGAGGAGAAGCACUGGCAAGCAUCGUUGAUAUGGCAGCCAUUGUUGAUGUCACUACUAAACCCCGGGGUUCUACAAAAACUUACACAAAACUCUUCACGUAUGGGACAGAAAAAUCAGUUAGUAUAGCUGAGACUCCGAGACCAAGUACAGGUACCACUUUAACAGUUCAGGACUUUAUGUAUAACAUGCCAGUUAGAAGAAAAAUAAUUAAAGAAGCUAUCGAUAUUGAAAGCAUAAGAAAACGCUUGGAAAGCUUUGCUUUAAUGCACCCCAAAGUCUCAUUCAGCUUGAGAAAUGAUAAGGCUAGAACAGUGAUUAUGCAGACCUCCAAGAGUAGUGGUACAAUGUCAACAUUUUUGCAGCUCUUUGGCUCAGAAAAAGCACGGGCACUUGGUGAAAUAAUGCAUACAGUUGACCAAUUUACAGUCUCAGGCUAUAUAAGCACACAACCACAUUUGACAAAGGCUCUCCAGUUUGUCUAUGUUAAUAAAAGGGUUGUGCUAAAGACCAAGAUACAUAAAAUGCUUAAUUGGUUACUUGCUAGAAGUUCUAUCAUUAGUACUAGACUCCAUCCAAGUAGUUCAGGCUCGGGAAAAAAUCCUUCAAGUCCAGCAAAAGGUAUGAAUCUUUAUGGGAUAUUUGUGAUCAAUAUUGAAUGCCCUUACAGCGAGUAUGAUAUAUGUCUCGAGCCAACCAAAACUCUAGUAGAAUUCAAGGACUGGGAUAAACUAUUACUUUGUGUUGAGGAGACUGUAAUCAAAUUCAUCCAAGAAGAAAACUUGACAAUUUCAAUUGAUGAAAGGUAUCGGAGAUCUGGUAAAGACCAAGAAGUUGACGAAGAAGGAAGCUUGCCCAUGACCCAAAGUAGUCCCUCCCUCCUUGAUAUGUUUAGCCUCAAAAGGUGUGGAGGAGAAAGCAAUGUAACAGGAGGAGUGUGUCAAGAAAAAUAUGGACAAAAUUUAUGUACCCAGGACAACUUAUUAGCUAUUCACAGCCUUCCAGUCAAAAGAGCUAAGAAAAAUUAUGACGUUGAAAUGUUUGAUAAAACUGAUACCAAUGAACACAAUAAAGACUUCAUUGAUAAACAUAAAAAUGCAAAACAAGGUAACACAUUUUCCAAUAAUAAUAAUAGUGGGAAAAAUAUAAUUGAUCAAGUUGUACAUGUAGAUCACAGUUCACCACAACCCCCAAGCUACAUAUCUGAAUCAGAGUAUUCAUCAUUGAAUAUAAGCACUAUUAGUAAUAGUAAUUGCAAAGAUAUUCCAGAAUCAGAAAAUACCAAUACAGUUGGAAUGGCCAGCACUUUAGAGGAGUUUAAAAAUUUUAUAGACAACAGUAAUUUUGAAAGUACUGAAUUGCUAAGAAGGGAAUGUACCUCAAGUCUGCAUCAAGAUGAUAAAAAUACAAAAAUGCAAUUGCUAAAAAAGACUUCAGAUAUUCCUGAGAAUCAGGAAUGUGAAAAUAAACCAAAGGAUGAUUUCACUGAUAAUAUGAGUUCCUUAGAAGAAUUCAUGAAUUUCUAUAAUGCUGAUAAAAAGAACAGUGAACUUGAAUUAUACAGGACUCCUAAGCAAGCCAUGAGACAUACGCCUUCAUCACCACCACCAUUAAAACUCACAAGAAGUUCUCUUUCUGCUUUUGAGAAAAUGGAAGAUAAUUCAUGCUUUACUUCUAAUUUAGGGUCAGAUGUUACACAAAAGAAUAGAAAAUCACUUAGUGAAACUCUGAGUAACCAAUUUAAAAAACACCAAACAAAAACCAAGGCAAUCCAAACUCUCCAAAAUUUUGGUUACCAGAAAACAAGUGUAAUACAGCAUAUGUCUGUGAAUAAAAUCAAAUUACCUCAGCAGAAAGAUAAUGGCAAGAGGUGUGAUAACAUUCAACUUGCUGUACCACUUCAGAGAGAAGCUGAGGUUAAUGUGCUGGCAGCUGAAGUCAUGCAAAACAAAAAAAUUAACGAAGAUAAUAUUAAAGACCACAAUAAUAGCUUCAGGUUUCAGCCAGUUACUUCAAAGAACAAUAAACUAGAGAAUAACAAGGAGUAUUUAUUGAGUGAAGAAGGUUGCAGGGAAAAUCUGUUGACACAUGUCAGUUUUUCUUGUGGUAGCAAAUCUAAAAGACAGGAUUUUCCUUCAAGCAUUAGGAUAGAUCCCUGUGUGUCUCAUUUACAUUCUGAUGAUUAUUGUUGUAAUGAAUUGGUUCAUAAGAUAAAUCUAGAAAGAAGUGAGGUCCUCCCUAAUACAAAAAACAUUAUUACAUGCUCUGAAGUUAUUCCUAAUUCCACCUUAGAGCAACAAGACAGAUGCCUAAUUAGUGAGAGUGUAAUAGCCUUUGAAAAUGAGAAAUCACAUUGCCAGGUAAUCAAUGAACAAACCUCUCAGAGUCACGUAGAAAAUGAAAGUGGAGACAUUGAAAGAUGUGAUCCAGUAAGACCCAGUAGUAAAACCUUUACACCACUGGAUACUUUAAAAAACAAUGGCACUCUUAGUAAAAAUUUAACACUAUGUGAGAGACGACUAGAGAACAGAAUACUUCCGUUAGAAAAAGAUACGGAGCAUGACCCACAUUUAUGUAACGUGUCAUCUUUGUUCCAUGUAAGGGAAAAAAAUUUAGUAGAAAGUUGUCAAAGAUUUAGGUCAAAAGCUAAUAUAACUGAAUUUAGCAGCAGUGAAAGAGAGACUGAUAAGACUGACUGCUCACUUUCUUGUAAUAUUAUAUCUUCUGCUUCUCAGCCUUCUCAGUUUGAAAAUUUCUCUUGUAAUAAUGAAGUUGUGCAGGAUAUUAAUGACACUUCUAUUCAAGAAUCUCAAGGUUUUACACUUCCAGAUUUAAAUCCAAAUUUACAAAAUGAGAAAGUAUACAGCAGUUUGAGUUGUGGAACCCAAGAAGAAAAUACCAGUGCUGCUAUACAGAGCUCUGAAGGUUUUAUACUCCCAGAUUUAAGUGAUCCUUUAUGUUGUGACAGUUCAAUAACAGCAACUCAUGAUACUCUUGAUAAAUCUCCAGAAAAAAAUCUUGUUAUUUCUCAAAAAACAAAUGAUGCUUUGGGAAGUGCACAUUCUACAGCUGCUGAUGAGAAUGGAAGCAGUACUCACAAAGAAUCUGACCAGAUGCAUAUUUUACACCAAGGGCAUAAAGAAGAAAAACAUGAGAGUGCAAAUCAUUGUGAUAUCAAAUCACAACCUAUUAGGGAUAACUGCAGCAUAAAGCUUUUACUUGAAAAUAGCAUUCACAAUCAGAUUUCACAAAAUUGUGAUGAUAAAUUUGAAAAGGAGGAACAGCUACCAUUAUGUUCAUUUGAUAUACAGCACAAUACCAUAAACAUCUCAGAGAGUAGCAACAACCUAGCUGUUGUGGAAGGCAACUCCUCAUUUUCCAAACUGACAAAUCCACUCUCUGAAUCACUUCAUUUCUCUCAACUCACACUUCCAGAAGAUUUGUCAGAGAGUCAGUCAGUAUGUCAGGGAACAUCCAGUAUCAGCACCUGUGACUUAGAGAAUAUUGAAUCUGCUGGUCUUGCUCUAGACAGCCUGUCUUCUUCAAGUGAAGGGAUACAGAAAAAGCAACAUGUAUCAUCAUGUGAAAUAACUUUUCAUGGUAAAAUGAUUCAUAUUAGAGGAGGAAAUGGAAAGCUAAAUGUAGAAAAGGCUUAUGAGGAUUUACAGUGUACAGGAUCAUUAGAAACAACUUCAGGUAAUUUGAAGGUAAGUAUGAAAAGUCCUAAUUCGAGCUGUGGACUUCUUAAUAAUAAAGCUGAAGAAAAUAGAAUUAAUGACAAAGAUAAAUCUGUGACUGUAAAUUAUGAAAAUAAUAAUAAUAAUACUAGGACACUAUGUUCUUUAAUAGAAAAUACUAAUGACAAGUCAGAUAGUGCCCAAGAUGAUAACAGCCAACAAGAUGACAGUGCAGGUAAUAAGUGGAAGGAAGUGUGUGAUACAAAUGGAAGGAAAGUUUACGUUCAUCUUCAAACAGGAAAUACAUCAUAUGACCCACCACCACAGGUACAUUGUCCAGAGUGGACAAGUAGUCAGCCUCUUGGAGGUCCUCUUCUCAAGGUGCCAUUGACACAUGAACCUUGGCACAAUCCAUUAGGAAAGACUACAGCAGAUGGGCAGGCUUUUACUCUUAGCCAUGGGUUUAGUGCUUUUAUAUCAUGGAAAAAAAAUAGGGAUCUUGAAAAAAAGUUGGAUUUGAGUAAACAAGAUAAAUAUUCUACUAGGUCAAGUUUUAAUUCAAUAAAGAAUACAGAUAACAUAGAGAGUAGUAUUAAAGUAAAGGACAGUGACAAACUUACUGAUAUGAGUGAAGAUGACUUGCUUAUGAGCACUGAAGUGCAAGAAGCAGUAACCUCGCUACUCAAAGACUGUGAAACCGACGAAGACACAAUCAAGUGGUCAAGUAAACCAACAGAUAUCCACCAAGACCAUUCAGAACCAUCCAAAGUAGCACAGGUUUGCCAAAUGUGGGAAGCUCCGAAGUUUGCAAUGGAUGCUGAUGUACUAACCUCAGAAGUUCAGACAACAAGAGGAGCAAUAACCAACGCUGGGGCAGUGGUCAGAGUGUACAACAUUGUCCACCCUUACAAGUUUUCCAGAGAAAUGCUUCAGUCUUGUAAGGUAAAUAUACAGUAUUACUAAUUCAGAAGGUAGUUUCAUUGAAUGUAAUGAGUAAGGUCAGGAUGCAUUAAUGGUAAACAGCAUUUCCUGAAGGAAGAAAUACAAAUACACAUGUGUCAAAUUACUAAUGUUGAAAUGAUGUGAAAAAUAUUGACUUUUGUCAAUAUGAAAUUGUGUUUGUACAUGUGUACACUUGUGUACUCUACUGUAAUUACCUAUUUGAGUUUGCAAGAGUUUCACUCUAGUUUUUAGUCACUCUUCUUAAUUUUUGAUCGACUAACAUGAAAUGGCCCUGUCAUAUCUAUUUUUGACCCCCCUCUAUGGAGCUUGCUCACACAUUUAUUGCUCAGUUCAUUUCACUUCUUUACUAAUU